GACGGAGGGAGGUAGCCCCGGGGGUGAAUAAAUGUCCUCCUCUACAUAUGGCCGAGGUUCGAUCGCCCGCCGCUCCGUACAUGCGCUUCCUUCGCAACGUCUGUCAUGUUUAUAGCGCCACGGCAAAUUUCUCGUGAUCCAUUCCUCGUGGUCGGGGGAGGGCGCUAUAUCUUGGAUCGGGCGCGCUGGGCUGCGAUUCUCGCCCAGGCGCCGAAGCUGGCAGUGCGCAGCGGGUGGCGCAAUCUCAACGGAAUUUCAAAUGGCUUAGUGGAGACACUGCGGCCCAAAUUGGAUGAAGAGAGCGAUAAAUAGUCGGGACGGAGUGCGCGGGGCGAGUUGUGUUUAGAAGAGAGGAGAUUACUCGACGAAAGUGCUGGGAGUGAUUGGGAGGUGAGGUCGUCAAUAGGUGGAACGAUGGCUGCGGGUGCGCUGACGAUGGUGGUGCCGGUGGGCCGCUGGGCACCGCUCGCAGCAAGACCGGCAUCGUUGAAUUGCCGAGCUGAUGCAGAGAAUCUACCAGCCGUGGAAAGGGGAGUUGAUGCACCCGGGUCGAAAAGAGGGAAGUUGGUUGCAUCUCCUCCUGUCUACACUGCUACUGCCCGGGACAGACCAACCCGAACGCCACAUAGCGGUUACCACUUUGACGGGACUCCUCGUCGCUUCUUCGAGGGAUGGUAUUUCAAAGUCAAUAUACCAGAAGUGAAAGAUGGCUUUGCCUGGAUGUAUUCAGUAGAGGAUCCCGGGUCAUUGAACACCGUCAUGGGUGGUUUGGAGGACAUCAUUACAGGACCAAAGUAUCCUGGAGUUGGGGCACAAGUAAUGGGAGUCAAGGAUACUUACCUUUUACAGUAUGACAAAGAUGUUGAAACCUUCUGGGGAAGUCGCCAUGAGCUUGCAUUAGGCCACACGUUUCUUCCCAAAGCUGGGAAAGCACCUCCAAAAUUUGAAGUUCACCCGAAGGAAUUUUUGGACAGGGUGGAGGAAGGUUUCCAAGUUACACCGACCUGGCAUCAAGGUUUUCUUAAAGAUAAUGGCAGAUCACCGUACGUCAAGACAGUUGAUACGAUACGUUGGGAAUACAGCACUGUACCUGUAUAUGGAUGGGGUGAUACAGGAGCUGAACAGAAAGCAACUGCAGGGUGGUUAGCAGCUUUCCCCGUUUUUGAACCUCAUUGGCAGGUUGUCAUGGCUGCUGGUCUUUCAACUGGUUGGAUAGAGUGGGGUGAUGAAAGAUUUGAGUUUGAAAACGCUCCUUCUUAUUCCGAGAAGAAUUGGGGUGGUUCGUUUCCAGUAAAAUGGUUCUGGGUACAAUGCAACGUUUUUGAAGGGGCAGCUGGUGAAAUAUCAUUAACAGCUGGAGGAGGUAGGAGAGGAUUACCUCUAGUGCCCGGUGCUUUCGAGGAGGUGGCAAUGGUUGGUGUACAUUACGCAGACAAGUUCUACGAAUUUGUUCCAUGGACUGGCACGGUGGAAUGGGACAUUUCCAUCUGGGGCUCCUGGGAGAUGACUGCAGAGAAUGGGAUGUACAAGGUGAAACUGAAGGCAACAUCCGAUGUGCCAGGGGUUACCCUGCGCGCCCCAACAGCAGAUGCAGGUUUAGCACCUCUUUGUAAAGACACAUUUUACGGAAAACUGAGAUUACAACUGUGGGAGAAAUCCAUAAGGGGAGCUGAUAAGAUUGUUUUGGAUGUAACCAGUGAUAUGUGUGCUCUGGAAGUUGGUGGCGGCCCAUGGUACAACAAAUGGCAAUAUAAAAGUCAAAUACAGGAUCCAUUGAGAACGCUAGUCGGGUUACCAGUAAAUGUUGAGAAAGUUUUUAGCAGCGUUCCUCAGUUGAAACCCCCAGGUUUGUAGUAUAUAUGUGCGAAACGGAGUAAAAUCUCACCAGAUUGAGUGAUAUAUUCUUCUCUAGAGUUCUUCUCUAGAAUUUUACUGCGAUUUCAAACAUAAGUAAAGCCUGACUGUCUAGCGAAACCCUAAAUGAAGAAGGUUUGUAUCGAUUCUCAUGAUCAUCGAGGGCGUAUAUUCCUGCUUUAUGAGCGUAAUUGGAGCAGAACCUACUCGGCCCCUUAGAAUCUAGGGACGAGUUUAGCUGCACAAACUUAUACAUAGCCCCUAUAUAGGGCCUUCAUAGACCCAGGCAGGUGUCAUCCUGCAGUGAGCCGUUACGGAAGUUCUUCUUUUCGCUCUGACUCUACUCCUUUGGACCAAAGAUGGAAGAAUGUGCGGGCAGACUAACCGGGCAGGUUUUUGAUUGGCACUCAGUUUUCCGGUGGAGCAUCAAAGUGACUGAAGUAGAUCGCUCCGCUUUCCGGCAGACGGAUCUAGCGAUGGACUAUAAGAACAUAUGGGCAUCCAUCCGCACUCAACUAUGAGGGAAUUCCUAUUCUCACAACCUGGUCGACGUCAUACUGACGACCAUAGUUUUUCACAGCAGAAUUGUUCAACCGAUGUUUGAAACUGUGUCGAACACCUUGAAAAUGUUUCUCUUCGUGCUUUUCCCUUCUUCCCCUGCUACCUGAGCACAUGAAUCCACCGGAGAAUGGAUCGAAUAGG